UACAGCUACAAUGGCCCCGCAAGAGAAAGUCCUCCUCGCCUACUCGGGUGGCCUCGACACCAGCUGUAUCCUCGCUUGGUUGCUCGAGCAGGGCCAUGAGGUCGUCUGCUUCCUCGCCGACGUCGGCCAGGCAGAGGAUUUCAAGGAGGCUGAGCGCAAGGCCCUCGCCGUCGGUGCGAAGAAGCUGGUCGUCGAGGACCUGAAGAAGGAAUUUGUUGAGGAUCUCUGCUUCAAGGCCAUCCAGUGCAACGCUAUCUGGGAAGAUAGAUACCUCCUCGGUGCCCGUCCAGUCAUCGCCAGAGCUAUGAUGCGCGUUGCCCAACAAGAAGGAUGCACAGCCGUCAGCCAUGGAUGCACUGGCAAAGGAAACGACCAAGUCCGCUUCGAACUCGCCUUCUACGCCAUCCAGCCAAGCAUCAACGUCAUUGCCCCAUGGAGGAUGCCCGAAUUCUACAACCGUUUCGCUGGCCGCAACGAUCUCAUUGAAUACGCCCAGAAGUUCAACAUCCCCGUCACUUCCACCAAGGCUAAGCCAUGGUCCAUGGAUGAGAAUCUUGCUCACUGCUCCUACGAAGCUGGUAUCCUCGAGGAUGCUGACCACACUCCACCAGAUGACAUGUGGAAGCUGACCAACGAUCCUCGAACUGCCCCCGAUACACCAGCUGACCUCAACAUUAUCUUCGAGAAAGGUCUCCCAGUUGCCCUCAUUGACCCCAAGAGCGGUAACAAAACUACUGGCUCUCUCGCCAUCUUCUCUGCUCUUAACGAAAUUGGACGUAUCCAUGCGCGGUUGCUAGUCCCCUACUACCCCUGUACCGACACUAAUAUAACCUCCAGUGACUCACCCGCUAUGACUAUCCUCCGCCUCGCCCAUCUUGACCUUGAGGGCCUUGUCCUUGACCGUGAAGUUCGCCUCCUCCGUGACCAAUUUGUCACCAUCACCUGGUCCCGCAUCCUCUACAAUGGUCUCUACUUCUCCCCAGAGCGCAAGUUCAUCGAACAAUCCAUCACCGCCAGUCAAGACGACGUCAACGGUCAGGUCCGUAUCCGAUGCUUCAAGGGCACCGUCUCCGUUCUCGGCCGUAGCUCCGAGACCAGCAAGCUGUACGACCCUGAGCUGAGCAGCAUGGACUCCAUCGACGACUUCGCUCCCACCGACACCACCGGUUUCAUCGCUACCCAAGCCAUUAGACUCAAGGCCUACGGUAAGGCCGAGAAGGCCGCUGGUGUCGACCUUACCAAGGCGUAGAUUU